AUGGCUGACUUUCUUGGACCACAACAACCACCAACAAAAAAAUUUCGUUCGGGUACAAAUUCAAACGAAUCAGAAUUUGAUUAUAAAAUGAUGCCACAAUUUGAUACACCCGAUACAAAUAAUACACAAGAUUUAUUCGAUAUGACAAAUGAUUUUAAUGAUCCUAUUGAUAAUACUCAACAACAACAACAAACAUCUACAUCAACAAAUCAACAACCAAAUUUAUAUCAACAAACACAACAACAACAACAACGAGUUAAUUAUAUUCAACAAACUCGACCACAAUUAUCAUCAUAUCAAACACCAAAUUUACAACGUAUACCAACAAUGCCAACAUCAACUAUUGUUCGUCCAACAAAUGUUAUAUCAAAUGGUAUACAACAACAUUCAACUAUUUAUACUCCACAACAAAUGAUGAAUACAUCUCGACCUGUAUAUCCACGUAUGUCAACAUCACAACAACAACAGCAACCAACAAAUAUAUCAUCAACACUUAUUCGACAACCAUAUAAUACAUCAGGAAUGGUUUCAAUGAAUCAAAAUGUUACACAAAUGAGUAUUGUUAAAGCAAGUGAUCCAAAUAAUAAUAGUGUAUUUGUAACAAAUCCUCAACAAUCAUCAACAUUAAUCGGUUUACAACCACAACAUACAGUGACACAAACAAAUAAAUCAAUAUCAACUAGUUUACCUUCAUUAACACAACAACAAUUAAAUCAAUAUCAAAUUCAACAACAACAACAACAACAACCACAAAUUCAUAUGCAACAACAAAAUUCUCUACAAUCUUAUAAUCUAAGAACUUCAAUGAUGGAUCAAACUUCAACUAAUCCACCAAAUUAUAUUAUAACAACUCAACCUCAACAAGCACCACCACCACCACAACAGCCACAACAAACAAUUAAUAAUAUUCCACCAUCAAAUCAAAUGAUUGUUCAAUCAUCAACUAAUAAUCCUCAACAACAACAACAACAUACUGAAGUUCAACGUAAACAAUUUAUUCAAAAACAACUUGUUUUAUUAUUACAUGCACAUAAAUGUCAACAACGUGAAAAACAAACAAUUAAUGGUGAACCAACACGUCCAAGUACAUGUACAUUACCACAUUGUAGUACAAUGAAAAGUGUUCUACAACAUAUGACAAAAUGUAAUGAUCAUAAAACAUGUACAGUUGCACAUUGUGUUACAUCAAGACAAAUUAUUUUACAUUGGAAACAAUGUAAUAAUCCUCAAUGUCCUAUAUGUCAACCACUUAAAACACCAUCAACAUUAGCAAAAUUAAAUCAAACAACAACAAAUAAUAAUAAUAACAAUAAUAAUAACAAUAAUAAUAACAACAAUAAUAACAACAAUAAUAAUAAUAAUAAUAAUAAUAAUAAUAAUAAUAAUAAUACAAAUAAUCCGACAACAACACCCAUAACAAUAAAUAAAGAAUGGCAAAGACGUGUAACACAAGAAAUGCGUCAUCAUCUUGUACAAAAAAUUAUAACGGCACUUAUACCAAUAACUGAUACAGGUGCUAUGCGUGAUAAACGUAUUAUUAACUUAGCUAAUUAUGCACGACGUGUUGAAAAUGAUACAUUUGAAGUAGCUAAUAAUCAAGAAGAAUAUUUUCAUAAAUUAGCUGAAAAAAUUUAUAAAAUACAAAAAGAAUUAGAAGAUCGUCGAGAAAAAAAACGUUUACAAGAUAUGCAAUUAGCUGCACAAAUAUCAUCAACAACAGGACAAAUAUCAUCAACAAAUGAUUUUAAUAAUAAAAUUCAUUCAAAUUUAGAUACAAUGACCGGUGAUCAGGGUCUACCACCAAAUCGUAUAGCACCAUUAAAUGAUUAUAUAACACCAUCAACAACUGGAAAUAUUCUUCAACAACAAACAAUUAAAUCUGAACCAUUAAUGACAUUAACAAAUCGAACAAUGUUAAAUAAUAAUAAUAACAAUAAUAAUAAUAAUACUUCAACAUCAGGAACAUUUACAAUAACAAAUGUUCCAUCGAAUGAAAAUUUAAAUUUUCUUUUAAAUGGUGAUACAACAAUAAAUAAUACAACUCAUGAUAUUGAUAUGAUGGAUACAACAAGAAAUACUAUUGAUACAAAUCAAUUUAAAACUGAAGCAUUUUCACCAAAAAAUUCUUAUCAACCAUCAACAUUUUCAACAAUUAAAAAAGAAGAAAUUCCACAUGAUAAUUAUUCUCAUUUACCAACAAAUUCAACAACAACAACAACAACAACAACAACAGUAAUGAUUAAAUCUCAUUCAGAAUCAUCAACUAAUGAUGAUAUAAAACCAAAAAUACCACAAAUUGAUGCGUCAAGUAAACAAUUACCUAAACAUCCUGUACAAUUUACACCUGAAGAUUUACGUGCACAUCUUGAACCAAUUAUUCAUAAAAUGAUUGCUUGUGAAGAUUCUAAUCCAUUUCGACAACCUGUUGAUCCAGUUGCACUUAAUAUUCUUGAUUAUCCAACAAUAGUUAAACAUCCAAUGGAUAUAUCAACAAUGCAUAAUAAAUUAUUACAUGGAGAAUAUAAAACUCCAUUACAAUUCUGUGAUGAUGCAUGGCUUAUGUUUAAUAAUGCAUGGCUUUAUAAUAAAAAAACUACACGUGUUUAUAAAAUGUGUACAAAACUUUCCGAAAUAUUUGCUGAAGCUAUUGAUCCUAUUGUACAAUCAUUAGGUUAUUGUUGUGGUCGUCAAUAUGUAUAUUUACCACAAGUUAUGUUUUGUUAUGGUAAUCAAUUAUGUUGUCAAAUACCACGUGAUGGUAAUUAUUAUUAUUAUAACAAUCCAGAACCAUCACGAAUAAAUUUAUCCGGUGAUAAAUAUACAUUUUGUGCUAAAUGUUUUGAUUCAGUUAAAAAUGAAUCAAUAUUUGUCGGUGAUGAUCCAGCUCAAACAUUAGUUGAAAUACCAAAAAAUUUAUUUCUAUCAGCUAAAAAUGAUAUACAAGAACCUGAAACAAUGAUUGAUUGUAUUGUUUGUACACGUCGUUGGCAUCAAGUAUGUGCAUUACAUAUAGAUCAAAUAUGGCCUGAAGGUUUUAUAUGUAAUACAUGUAUAAAUGAAUAUAAUAUAAAACGUAAAGACAAUCGUUAUAUAGCACCAAAAUUAACAGUAACUGAUUUAGCAACACGAUUAGAAAAACGUGUUAAUGAUUUUUUACGUAAUGAAGCUUGUCCUACAGGUCGUGUUACAAUUCGUAUAUUAGCAGCUAGUGAUAAAAUAUGUGAAGUAAAACCACGUUUAAAAAAAUAUUAUCCAAAUCAAGUACCUGAUGGUUAUCCAUAUCGAACAAAAGCUAUAUUUGCUUUUCAAGAAAUUGAAGGUGUUGAUGUUGUUCUAUUUGGUAUGCAUGUACAAGAAUAUGAUGGACGUUGUCAAGCACCAAAUACACGACGUGUUUAUGUAUCUUAUUUGGAUUCAGUACAUUUUUUUCGACCUAAACAAUAUCGUACAGAUGUUUAUCAUGAAAUUUUAAUUGGAUAUUUGGAUUAUGCUAAACAACUUGGAUAUGUUUAUGCACAUAUAUGGGCAUGUCCACCAAGUGAAGGUGAUGAUUAUAUAUUUCAUUGUCAUCCACCUGAACAACGUGUACCAAAACCAAAACGUUUACAAGAUUGGUAUAAAAAAAUGCUUGAUAGAGCUAUUGUUGAACGUGUUGUUAUUGAUUAUAAGGAUAUUAUGAAAGAUUGUUUGGAUAAUCAAGUACAAACUGCUCUUAAUAUUCCAUAUUUUGAAGGUGAUUUUUGGGCAAAUAUUAUAGAAGAAAGUAUUAAAGAACUUGAUCAAGAAGAAGAAGAUCGAAGGAAACAAGAAGUUGAAGCAGCACGAGCAAUGGAAGAUGGAGGUUUAGAGGAUCCUAUUGAACCAGAAGAUCCAACAGAAAUUUCUGAUAAACGUAAAUCUGCGAAUACAUAUAAAAAGAAAAACUUGAAGAAAACAACUUCAAAUCAACGAAAAGUAGCAAAAAAACAAAUGUCAAAUUGUACUGAUUUAAUAUCGAAAAUAUUUUCAACUAUGGAAAAACACAAAGAGGCAUUUUUUGUUAUUCGUCUUCGUAAUCCAAUAGCAUCAUGUCCAGCUGUAAAUGAUACUGAUGCACUUAUUCAAUGUGAUCUAAUGGAUACUCGAGAUGCAUUUUUAAAUUUUGCUCGUGAUAAACAUUAUGAAUUUUCAUCAUUACGUCGUGCAAGAUUUUCCACAAUGGCUUUAUUAUAUGAAUUACAUACAUCAACAACAGAUAAAUUUACAUAUAAUUGUAAUACAUGUCGACAACAAUGUGAUAUACGUUAUCAUUGUACAAUAUGUGAAGAUUUUGAUCUAUGUGAAAAAUGUUAUAAUAUUGAACCAAAACAUGAACAUAAAAUGGAACGUUCUGUUCCAUCAAUCGUUGAAGAUUGUGAUCAAAAUUCUUCAAAUCCUAAUGGUAAAUCUCUAGCUAGUUCACAAUUACAACGUCAACAAUCAAUGCAACGUUGUAUUGAAGCAUUAUUACAUGCUGUUAAUUGUCGAAAUGCUAAUUGUGUUAAUCGUAGUUGUUUUCGUUAUAAACGUGUUAUACAACAUACAAAAGAAUGUAAAGGAAAAAAUAGUCAAUGUAAUGUAUGUAAACAAGUUAUAUUUCUUUGUUGGUAUCAUGCAAAAAGUUGUAUGGAUCAAAAUUGUCAAGUUCCAUUUUGUACGAAUUUAAAAUCUAAAAUACAAAAACAACGAGCAACUAGUUUACAAACAGAUAGACGUCGUAUGCAAGCUAUGAUGCAACAAAGAACUAGUACAAUCCAACCACAAUCACAGCCACAAGUAUCAAUUCCUUCAUCCCGUUCUGAUUCAAUAUCAAAUUCUUCUCAUAUAUCUACUUAUGAUUCCUCAUUAUCAAAUUCAACAAUAAAUAAUACUUCAACAGGUAAACCAUCAGUAACACUUAUUCGUACACCUCAACAGCAACAAAAUUGGCAUAAUCAAUCUCCACAACCAACAUAUAUCAUGUCACAAAAACCAAGUAGUGGUAAACCACUUAAUAAUUUAUCUCAACAACAACAAUCGCCAAAUCAAUUAAAUUUAUUAAUUAAUCGAGUUAAACAAGAUUCAUCAAUGGAUGAUCAACAAGUAACAGAUAUCAAUGGUCAAAAUCAACAACCACAACCACAGCCACAACCACAACCACAACCUAUGUUUUCAUCAUUAUUAAAUAAAACUCCAACUAAUCGUUUAUCAUCAACAUUUAUUCAACCACAACAAUGGUAUUCAACUACACCUCAACAACAAUUUAAUCCACCACCUAAUUAUACAACAGCAACACGUGCUCGUUAUACACCUAUAAUGCAACAGCAAACUCAAAGUCAACCAUCACCACAAACAUUAAUAGCACCAUUAAGAUCGAAUUCUUCAACACCACCACCAUCAACUUAUAUAACACGAACAAGUUCAACACCAAAUCUAACUCGACCACCAUUAAUACGACCUUCUCAAUAUUCUACUCAGCAACAACAACAACAAGAUCCAUCUGUACGUUAG